AUGUCGAAAUCAUUGGAACACCUACUCAAUCCCGUCGACGAUAAAGAGCGACAAGAUGGACCUUCGGCUUCCCUAACCCAGCCCGUGUUGGUAGACCAGCAAUCGAAUUUUGCCGGCAGCUUGCCUACCAGCAUGUACUUCAAUUCGAAUGAGCCUUUGAACAUGGACUUUCAAAUGAACUUUUGGAACGACUAUACUGGAGAGGCUCCUCGGACUAGCGACUUCCUUGGGCCAAGCUCAUCGAAUCUCCUCUCUAACGUCCCAGUGGUAUCGCAGCAAAACUACUUCCCGGCCGAUUUGAUCCCAGACGAGUUCAUGAACGUGGACCCACAGCUCGCCAUGCUCGAUCUAAACGGAGGGUUCAACCUCGACCCUAAUCUCAACUUUAGCAACAUGCUACCUGUAUCGUCAGAACAACAAAUGAGCCUGCUACAAGGGAACCCAUCCCUAGAGCCAUCACAAUAUCUUGCGUUGCCGGUAGAAAGCACCCAGGGGUCAUCGGUGACCCCCGAAGCCGCAGGUUCAAGCCAAUCGAGGACUUCAACACCAGUGACAAGUCCAGAAGAAGUCGAAAUGGUGGAGGAGGAAGAGGGAUUAUUUGUAACUGACGAAGAGGAUGCCACAGUCCAUUAUGGCAUGCUUCACAACGUCGAAGUCAAGUUAGUCCCAGAUGAUAUGUCAACGUUCGACGAUCGACUCAAGACAGGAGAGGCACCAUAUCAGUACUUCACACCAGUAGAGUACCAAAAGCAGGUUAUGCUUUGCUUCCCAGACGAAGACAAGCAUUUUGGCCAUCUUUCAUCAGCUGCUGGCCAAACCCUUAUGCCGUUGAUCACUCGACCGCGUGUUAGUGUCGAGCCUCUGGCCUACAAGGUCGACUUGCGUGAGAUCAUACAUCGCGCGAACAAGUCAGCCGACGCACGAGUCAAGGUAGACAUCAAUAUCUAUGGGCCACGCUCCAUGUCAUCCUCCGUCGGCGAAGCUCUUUCUAACGGAAAGUUGUGGCUCCAAAGUUCCUCCCAUGGGAGAGAGGGUCUUGAAUACGACAACCCGCAUUUUCUGAACAUUGCUGUCGCGGAUGGUGAUGACGGGAUUAUUCAAAACGAAGUCGUCGCAAACAACAACUCCAAUAAGAAAAAGACGAGAGAAGAGCAACUUCGAAAGAUGGUGGAAGAAGUCUACAAGAAAGUGGAGAAUAGCCGAGAUUUUCAGUUGGUAGAAGGUGGUGAUCGAGUGACACGUCAACUUCUCAGACAUCAAAAGGAAGCGUUGGGUUUCAUGCUAGAAAGAGAGUCCGGCCACAUCGAUGACAAAUACCGACUCUGGAAAGAGGUUGUCCAUGAUGGCCGAAUACAAUAUCGACACAAAAUCACGAAAAGAAGAAGAGACACUAGACCAGAGGAGAAAGGUGGUGGGAUCUUGGCCGAUGACAUGGGAAUGGGAAAGUCGUUGUCAAUCCUUGCCCUCGUCAUGAAAACCCUGGAUAAUGGACAGGAGUGGGCGAAGGACAAGAAUGGCGAGCACAAAGGAAGGAAGACGACCAGAUUUUCUAGGUCAACUCUCGUUGUCGUCUCAGCUGCCUUGCUGGUUGACGAGUGGAUGAAUGAGGUCAAGAAACAUCUCCAAACAGGACUGAAGCUUGUCAAAUAUCACGGCGACAAACGACCCAAGGACCUUUCACAGCUUGACGUGAUUGAAGAUUCAGAUAUAGUAGUGACGACCUAUCAUACGCUUACAACCGAAUAUUUGAUGGGCAAAGGCAAGACGUCACCGCUAUACAAGCUGGGCUGGUAUCGAGUGGUCCUUGACGAGGCACACAUCAUCCGCCGUCCUUCAACAAAAUUCUUCCAAGCUUGCGAUUAUCUCCACUCCAACUCCCGCUGGUGUCUAUCCGGAACACCCAUCCAAAACAAACUCGCCGAUAUAGGAUCGCUUUUCCGCUUCAUCCGUGCCGAGCCAUUCGACAAAGCCUCGGAAUUUCGAAAGUGGAUCGAAACGCCUUUUGAUAACUCCUGCGACGAUACGAGCCUGAUACGGGAUCGUCUGGUCAUGCUCCUCGAAGCACUAUGUCUGCGUCGCACACGAGAAGUCUUGGACUUACCAAAGACGAGACAAAUCACACGUCGUUUGGAAUUCACUAAAGCAGAACGAGAUCAGUACGAAAAGACUAGAAGUAUCAUUGUGCGAAACAUGGAGCAUCGUAUGGGAGAGGUGGAGAAGAGCUCCCAAUUCGGUACGUUCCAAUUGUGGCUUCAGUUGCGUAUCGUUUGCAACCAUGGAACGUAUCAAAAGCUCUUUUCCUGGCAUCGGAGAAACCUCUUGGACGAACGAGAGGCUACUAUCGGAUAUUUGUGUCAAUAUGGCGAAAUCACAUGUGUUGGUUGCGAGUCACCCAUGCCAGUCCUGGGACAUGAUUGGUCGAAGAACAUGUUUAAGGAUGAAUGUUCCCACGUACUUUGCAGGCAGUGCAUAGACGAUUCCAAUUUUUCGGAGUCAUCGGCAUCACAGGAACGUUGUCCUGUUUGUGUACGGUGGUACCAGGCGCCUUCUGCUUCAGAGGAUGACGAGGAUACGUCUAGGAAGAAGCGAAAGAGGACUUCGGCUACCAACGAUGACCAUGAGCAUUACUUCAACGACGAGGGUCACUCGACUAAGAUUCGGGCACUUGUCGAGGAUGUUCAAAAGGAUCUUUGGACGACUAAGAGCAUCAUCUUUUCAUGCUGGACUAGAACGCUUCAUCUUAUUGCCCGACAUUUGGAUAAAGUCAAGAUCCCGUAUCUUCAACUUGAUGGAAACAGUCCACUUCCACAACGACAGAAAACACUGAACGCGUUUGAGAAUGGAGAAGAGACACCAGUUCUUAUCAUGACAACCGGAACAGGAGCGUUUGGAUUGAACUUGACAUGCGCAAACAGAAUUUUCAUCGCUGAACUACAAUGGAAUCCCAGCGUUGAAAGUCAAGCUAUCUCCCGAGCGAUUCGUCUUGGACAGGAGAACGAAGUUCGGGUUACAAGAUACAUCACUAAGGACACUGUCGAAGAGAACAUCAAACAACAGCAAGAGUACAAGAAGCAGAUCGCGGCUCUUGGAUUUGAGGAGGAGAUUUAA